UGUCUCUUAACUUAUUUUAUGAGAGUCAAAAUUGUAGCAAACUCUGUCAAAAUAUUAUUUUGAAGAUGACAAAGGAAAUGAAAUUAGUAGUUAUAGCAGUCAUUUGUUUAAUUAGCAUCACCUAUGCUUCCGUAAUUAAAAAUUAUACAGAUUUUUCUGAAAUUUCUGGAUUUGAACUGAACGGAAGCGAAAGGGCUGAUAACUGCAUACAUUUGCAUGGAAUUUGCAGGAACAGCGACCAGUGCUGCACACAUACGACAAAAUUUUCCCACGUUCGAUGCGUCUGUCGGAUGGCUACAAGACGGGGCAAACCUAUCAAGACAAGAAAACCAAGACCAUGCCAUUGCGGGAGAGAAGGACCAUUUUGGGAAAUAUGGGCUGAUGAUAUUAAUGAUCUCGGAUAAUAUAUAGGUGGUGAAGUAUGGCAACCAUGUUAUGAAAAUGACAUUUUGUAUGGUUGAAUAAAUGUCUUUAAAAACAAAA